AGCUGAGCCUACACCCCCUCCCACUUCACUCAGACGGGAGUGAAUCAUUCCACCCCAGCUCCACUGUGCGGUUAUACUUGUAGGAACUAACUUGUUGGCAAUGUGCGAUGUCCGGCCUUUCCCCACAUUUUCACAGAUAACCAUUUGAAAGCCUUCAGUCUCCAAUGGUUCUACUCAAUGUAGGAUGGGACUUACGUUGAACGGAGUGUACCUUGCACUUACUCUCGCUGUACAGCUCGCUUAUCUGUUCCAUACUGUGCGAGCCGCGGGGAAGUGCGAUGCAGUAUUUAAAGGGUUCUCCGAUUGUUUGCUAAAGCUGGGGGACAACGUGGCGAACUACCAGCAAGACAUGGACGAUAAGCAGAACGUGAAAACCAUCUGCGCAUACUGGAACGAUUUUCACGCAUGCGCUACGACUGCCAUCGCAGACUGUCAAGAUGGAGCAACGGAUGUUUGGGAAAAACUCAAAGAAGAUUCCAAAAACCUGGAUUUCGAAGGCAGUUUGUUUGAUCUGUGCGAAAGGAAUAACUCUGCAGACGCCAUGGUUCCCCAGUGUUUCACCCUCGUUGUUUUAACAUUGUCCGCCUUACUGACCUGGAUUCUAAUCUAGAAACGUACACAACAGCAUUUAAAGAAAAUACAGACACACACACACAUACACACACAAACUAACACACACACACACACACACACGCACCUCCAUAUGGUGUGGAUUUUGCAAACCAUUUCAGAAUUACGGGACCUUGUGAUUCAUCAGUGACCCCAGAAGGUCUGUGGUUAGGACUGGAAAUAUCUCAUUUUCUUUUGGUUUUACACAAAAAGCGGUUUUCGUGUUAUUUGCCAAAAUGUUACCGAGCAGCGGCAAACCUCGCAAGGCUCCGCCUCAAACUCAACAGAAACCAUCUCAAGAUGCCAACUAGAACCACAAGAGUUCGGUUCAAACUCAGGAACGGCCUCGGGCCGAACGUUAUAAAAUGUUAUGGGUCCUUCGGAGGGAGAGAGAAAAAGAGGGAGAGAGAAAGCAAAAAGAUGUCCACUCUCUUGUGUGAUUCUUGGCUGAAUAAACACCUUCCUUCCGUUCUUACUGCCAUCACCCAGUGCGUAUUCAAGUCCAGAGCUUUUAUCAUUUCGGAACUCGCAUUGUGACCAGACAACUAUGGCAUCGUCUUUCCAAAAUACAAACCCGAAUCAUAAUGGUAAAACUCUCCGGAAAAUCGCAAAAUCGUUUCGUACCGUAAAGAUAUAUUGUCAUCCUCACAAGCUUUUUUUUUUGUUCUUUAUUUUAAAUAUAUAUAUAUGAUAUAUAUGCUCACUUAUUUUUGGAUGUUGCGCAGCAGAAUAGAUCACAAAGGGUCUUAAAUGUAUCUCAAACGAAACAGUAUGAGAACCAAUCAUUAUUUUAGAAAUUAACAAAAAGAUUACUCUCAAACGCAAACUGGCAAAAAAUGAAUAUAGCUACAUAUCCAGAAAUAAAUAUAUAUAUGAGUUUUUGUGUUUGAAAUGAGUGUCGCUUGAUGUUUGAGCGAAAAAUUAGACAAUAUAAAAUGAUAUAAGAUGUUAAAACUUGCUAGAAUAUGGUUAUAAAGCUCCUGUUGUACGAUUUGUAUUAAAAUUAUGACUUAAAAAUA